GGAUGCUCUCGGUUUUGCAAAUGGCCGCCCACCGCCCAACAGGCUUUGAAGAGGGAGGGGGGGGCUUGUUUUGCCGGUUUGGGCUUGACUUGAGGACGACUACAACUCCCAGCAUGCCCUUCUUCUUGGCACCUCGAGGGAAAAGGGAGGAAAGACGGCGAGUGAGUUGUUUUUUUGGAGUGAUUUGUGGUCAAACCUUCUGAGACAUAAAUUUGGAAGAUUAUGAAAAGGACAUGGGCGACGACGGUACAGAGAUUAAUGUGAAAAUACCUUUUGGAAGCAAAUAUCUAGAUGCUACUUUUUCUGUUCCUGGCAAAAUACUACCACAUGCUGUGGUUCUCACUCAUGGAGCAUCUGGUGAUAUGAAUUUCUCUCACCUCAUAUCCUUGGCCAAGUACCUUGUAUCUCAUGGAUUUCUGUGCCUGCGGUUCACAUGCAAAAGCCUUAACAUCAUCCACAGGACUAAAGCAUAUAAGGCUGUUGUGGAGUAUUUAAGAUCAUCAAGUGACUACAAGCUUUCUGGCAUUUUUCUUGGAGGUCGUUCAAUGGGUUCCCGGGCUGCUGCCUCUGUAACACGUCAAGCUGACCAAGACAAUGAUAGCUUCAUUGAAGGCCUGAUAUGUUUGUCUUAUCCACUUCAUCGACCAAGGCUACAGACAAAACUUCGGGAUGAAGAUUUAUUAUUUAUUAAGUCCCCUGUGCUCUUUGUAUCUGGAACUGCAGAUGAAAUGUGUGAACAACGGCUCCUGGAAAAUGUUGCAGUCAAAAUGAAAGCACCUAAAAAAAUCCACUGGAUUGAAAAGGCAAACCACAGCAUGACAGUGAGAGGACGAACUACCGAUGAUAUCCUUUUGGAAAUAAACACACAAGUUUUGUCUUGGAUCAGAGAAAUCAUUGGGUUUGACAGCCUCACGUGGAUAAAUCUGUAGCCAACAAAUUGACCAGUGCUCCAAGUAACCUCCUGGAGAACACGAGAUUCAGUAUCACAAGAGCUGUAAGCUGAUACAGUCGGCAUCUGGUGACUUGCUGAAAUACCAGUAUCUCCGUGUUAAUGCAGAGACAUUUUCAGCUGUGUUUUGGGAGGGGCUUUCUAAAGCUAGGUUCUUUGAUGUCUGCUGAUUGCUGCUUUGAGGAACAUAUCCUUCUAGGUCAGAAUGGAUUUGUGGAAAUUGGAAUGCAUCUUUAGCAAAACUUCAACGGGAUUUUUGUAGGUCAUACCUUUCACACAGUGCUUACUUGCAGGCCUUGAUUAUUAAAAAAUCCCAUCAGUAGUAUGUUCUUAAAGACUACUCCUCAAUAAGAGGCAAAUUCUUUAGUAAUACUUUGCUAUCUUGUGCUAUAGAUCUAUCUAUAAAACAGGGAACAAAGAAAGAAAAAAGAAAAGAAAAAAGAAGACAGACAGAAAUUAGAGUGUAAAGAUACUUUUAUAGUACAGGGUGAUUAAAAAAAUCAUCCAGUAUGAAAGGUCUGGGGAAUCAAAUGAAUUUACUUACUACUUAAUUCAGAUGCUAUCAUGCCCAUAUUUUCAGAAAAAGGUAAUAACCAUACUUAUGACAGAUAUAUAGUCCCCUUGAGUUCCUGCAAGGAAAUGGGAGGAAGUGUCCUCUCCAGACAGAAUAACAUGUUUCUUCCGUGUCAGAGAAAUCUCUGCUAGUGAGAACCAUGAUUCUCAGUGUUAAACAAUUAAAAUAAAAUAUAUAGAGAUAUUGACACUUUCCCCUUCACUAAAUCUCAAAAAUUCAGUUUCUUGAGUUUUUUAUCAUCAGAGCAUUUUUUUAAAAAAAAGAUAGCCGUAUCAGUUGUUACUACAUAAAAGGAAAAGCUUUGGGAGAAGGGAAGGAAUCUGGCAGUACCUAUAAGACCAAUUAGUUUCAGCAUGAGCUUUUGUGGACUGUAAUCCUCCAGAUGCACAAUAUUAAAUAUUAUAGUUAAUAUUAAAUAGUUAAUAUUAAAGCCACAGGUAUGCUAACAUUUACAAGGUUGGAGACGGGGCCAGGGGAUCAGAGUUUUGUGAGAGUAUACAUGCCUUCAGAUCAACUGCAACUAAUGGUGAUCCCAUCCUAGGGUUUUCUUGGCAAGACUUAUUCAUCAGAGGUUUGCCAUUGUCUUCCUCUUCCUCUUGGCUGAGACAAUGACUUACCAAAGGUCACCCAAUGAGUUUCCAUGGGUGAUCAAGGAUUCAAACUCUGGUCUCCCGGAGUCCUUAUUUAAUGCUCAAACAACUAUACGCUCACAGGCAUAUAUAUGGGAAUUUUAAUCUACAAAUGCAAAUAAAAAAUCUACCCUGCUGCUGAUGAAAUAGAAUAGAUACCAAUCAAUGUAGGAAUUUGGAAGUUUCCAUUUCAAUAAGGGCAAAUCAGAUCCCAUAUAACGUAGUAAGGUAAUUUUUUUAGAAAAGUAAAAAGGGAAGGGAGUGGGAGAAAAAACACAACUGUUCAGGGAUAUAUAGAAUAGGAAAUUCUGAAAAGGUUUUCAAAAUGCUGUUAACAUCAACAGCAACCAUCAUGAGUUUAGAAUGAUCCAAUUUUAUUCAAGUAAUCAAAGAAAGACUAACCUGGAAAAGUUUGAAGUAAUAACAGAAUAUAUGGUCUCCCAUGAGGUUAUUUCUUGCAAAUUCUUGUCCGGCUUUUGCAAUAUUCUUUGCCUACCAUGGAGAAAAUGGGAAGGUGGGAAAGAAUUAGUACAUCAUAAUAUUUGAACUUUAAAUAUUUUCAGCCUGUUAUGAUAUACUAAAUUUUCAUCUCCCCCCCUCCCCUGUUGCUCCUACCUGACCCAUAUGAAAUAAGCAAUUUUCAAUUGUCACAUUCUUCCAACUGAAUCAAACCAAAUGAAUCAAAUACAGAGAAGGACACUGUAAACGCAUGUAGAUGACUGAAAUGAUGCUUAUGGGCAUAAAUACAUCCAUACCUUUAUUAAAUGAAUCCAAACAGAGGCUGUGAAACAAUACUUUUAUUUGGAGCAGCUAACAAUUACAAAACAGCAACAUGGGUUUUCAGAUUCAUGAAAGGUUCCUCGGGCUUGGGAUUAUGAGUAAAAAAAAUUAGAAAUGGGAUGGUUAGGGAAAAAUCAUAACAGUAUCUUGAGUGGAGCAGAUGGGAAAGUCACUUUUACAAUUGUAAGGUGGCAAUUCAACACUUUUUUGGAAAAUUUAUGGUGCCCACAGCCAAAAAUCACAAGUUGCACAGAGGCACAUAGGGACAAAUCAGUCAUUGCCACAAUACCUUUGAACAGAAAAAAGACCAGAAUAUCUUGAAUCUCUGAAACUGAUGAACUCAUGAAUUUCAUGUAAAACAAGGAAGAUAGGUUAAGGGUAGUAUAAUACCCUAUUGAAAACAAUCCACUUUUGUGUGGUGCACAUAAAGAUACAGUGCCCCUGUAUCUCUUGUAGGGCAAUUCAUCACAAAGAAAAUAUGGUAAGACACAAUUUAGUUUGUAUGUUUUAAUUUAUAUGUACCAAUGUAAAUGUAUAAAUGUAUAAAUAAGUAUUGUAACAUGUUCCAGAUAAGGAUGCCUUUCAAAAGCGUUCAGAAACUUCAUUGGGUUCAAAAUGUUGUGGCAUGUGAUGGUUGUGCAGACGGAUGUGUUGAUGUGUGUGCUGUAUUUUUAUUCUUACUGUUAUUUUUAAAAUACCUUUAUACUGUUUUAAAUUGUAGUGCUUUAAUAGGAUGGCUUAAAAAACACUUUUUUCACCAUCAGUUUUCUAGUUGUACUUAAUUUUAAUCUAUAUUAUAAAUUUCUAUAAAUUGGAGGAAAGAUGGGCUAUAAAUUAAAUACAUAACAAGAACAAGAUCUCAUCCUCAUACCCUGAUUAUCUCAAGGCAGGUCUGGGUAAGAUUCCUGGAUAAAAUCCUGGAGACCCACUGAAGACAAUUCCAAGCAAGAGGGCCCAAUGCUCUGACAGGUUUCUCUGUUCCUAUGACAUUUUAUGAACGCCAUGUAUCCUAAAUAUAACCACUCUCCUACUCAGUGAAGCACAUGACAGUUUUUUCCUAAGAUCCUCAAGUUGGGUCUUAAGGGUCUCUACAGAUAUCCUGACCUGUAGACGCUCUUUCGACAGGCAUGUAGCAGAGCAUAGUCUUCCAUCUCUUUCUCAAACUGUGGAAUAUACUUUCAUUGAAAUUAUAGUAUGUCUUCACUUUCAGUGCUUUCAAAACAUUAUGUUUAAACCCACCUUUUUAAUUUGGACUUUUAAACUAUCCCAGUGCUAUUAAUUUUAAUUUUAGCUGGUCUUAGUGUUUUAAUGUUUUUAUUUCUGCUGCACAGCACUUUGAGAGGGUUUUUUUUAGAAACAUUGUAAAUAAAUAGUGUAAAACAUCUCAGUAGAUUUUGUGAAACUGCACUUUCAAACAGUAUAUCUUUUACCU